AUGACAAAUCAAUCAUUAGCAACUUCUAAUGUCUUACCUCUUAAUGAUUCCUUACAAAAUUAUUUAACAUCAUCGACUUUUCUUCCAAAUAAUGUAUGGAAAACAAGUUUUUCACCAUGUUCUCAUUAUUUAGCAAUACCUAAACAAGAUAUUUAUGGUAUUGAUUGUAUUAUUGUUAUUUAUUGUCCAAACUGGCAUGCAACUAGUAAAACAGAUGAAUUAUAUGUACAUGAAAAAUUCGUAUGUUCAUCAUCUGUUUGGUCAUUAGCAUUUGGUCAACGAAUAAUAAAAACAGAUUCAUUCGAUCAAAAUAUAUCAUUGCCAUUAACACGACGUCAAUUAUUAGGUCGACAUCGUUCAACUUUAUCAGUUAAUAAUCGUUUUGAUUUUACAAAAAAUUUAUUUUUAGCAGCUGGUCUUGCUGAUGGAAAAAUUAAUAUUUGGAAUGUUGAUAACGCAGAAUUAAUACUUGUUCUAACAGAUCAUAAAUCAGCUGUAUGUGGUUUAGCAUUUACACCAUGUACAAUGCAGUUAGCAUCAUGUUCACAUGAUACAAAAAUUAAAUUAUGGGAUUUACUUGAUGAUGGUAAUAUGUAUAAAACAUUAGAUGAAUGGACACAUGUUAUUAAUACAGUUAAAUGGUCACCAGAUGAAACAUUAUUAUGUGCAGUAGGUCCGUAUGAAUUAGUUGUAUUGUAUGAUACAGCAACAUGGGAAGAGAUAUGGAAAUUUGAAGGACAUUUACAUAGUGUUGCUGAUUGUGAUUUUUCAUCGGAUAGUGCUUUAUUAGCAACUGCUUCUUUCGAUACACGUAUUUUACUUUGGUCAACAAUAACUGGAGAACUUUUAAAAGAAUUUAUUCAUAAAAUUCCAAUUCCAUUACAAAUAUAUGCUGGUGGUGAUAAUGGAGCAUUUGUACGAUCGGUUGUUUUUACUAAAUAUAAUCAAAUUAUAAUUAGUACUUGUGAUGAUAAUCAUGUUCGUCUGUUUCCAAUUGAAUCUGCACGUUUAACAGAACCAAGCUUUAAACAAUCACAAAAUAACGUCCUAUGUGUUACAUCAGCACCGGAUGGAAAAACUAUGGGUAUAGGUACACGUAAUGGUGAAGUUCAUUUAUGGUCAAUAUUAUCAACGUAUAAAUUACCAUCAUUGAAAAGUUUCUGUCGAAUUACAAUUAAUAGUCAUGCUGGUAUUAAACGAAAAGAAAUUGUAAAUUUAUCAAUUUCACAAUGUUUAAUCAAUUAUCUUUUAUAUAAAGAUAUAAAAAGCAAACAAAUGUAUAUUGUUUAA